UCAGGACCGCUUCCCCCCUCUCCGCCCUCCUCUGGCCGUGCUCAACAGCUGUGGAAGAGGCAGACACGCAAUGCACGAAGAAGUAGACGGACGGUCCUCUUGCUCAUCGGACGCCAGCUCCGCCCCCACAGCCUCUACAGCAGCAUCGUCAUCGGCCGCACCCUCCUUGACAGCACCGCUCUCGACAGCCGGCUGCUUCGACUGCACCGACUGCUCCACUGGACGCUCGACCGCCGACACAUACUGCUCUAUGGCACGGUCCAGAUCCCCUGUUGCUGAAGCGAUGUCACCACCACCGGCCCUGAUACGAGAGAACGGGAAGGGCAGAGAGCAUGCACACGCAGUGGUUGGGGUAGGAGGUAGGCAGGCAGGCAGGCCCACCGGGCCACUAAGCGCUGCUCGACGGGGAGCAGUUCGGCAAGGGCAGGAGGCUCCGCGUCCGUUGUUGGUCGGACGAGCACACCAUACACCACAUUCUUGCCGCACUGCUUCGACUUCCACUCCAAAACCUAUCGAUGGAUAGAUGGACGGAUGGAUGGAUCAGUCAAUCAAUCAAGGAGAGGAGUGCUGUCUGUCUGUCUGUCUGUCAGUCUGUGUGUUUGUGUGUGUGUGUGUGUGUUUGUGUUUGUGUGGACCGACAGUCCAGUCGGGCGGCCAGUUGGACCGGUUGUGGACGGUUCUCGCGUGCACCGAGUCCUUGGCUGAGGAGGAGGGCCAGGAGCAAACACCAACAGACAGCGGCGUGACCAGGCUGACUGACCAGGCGGCUGCAGGUAUCCGCUCUCUCAU